AAAUCAUAAAAAACGAAAACCCCGGUUUUCUCCUCCUCCCUCCAUCGUCCUACCGCCACACUACGCAAGCAAAGCAAGGACACGAGUGGGGUUGCGGGGCUCUCGUUUGUUUUGUUCGGUCAUUUUCUACCUUUAGCGCUCCCUCUCGUCCUCUGUCUGCCCUCCAUUAUUAUUCCCAUUUUGGAAUCUCUGCUCUGCUCUGCUCUCUCACUCCUCCUCCCCUUGUGUCUCUGUUCUUCUUCUUGUUGUGUUGCGUCUGCGUAGUUCGACGGCGUCUAUAGCCACUUCUCAGAUCCGCCUCCUUUCUCGAAACCAGCUCUGAUUCCCUCUCUUUCAUCGUCCCUUUCCCCUGCCAGCUUCUCCUCUCUGCAGCUAUGGAAUAUUCAUCUGGGUAAUUUGUGUUUUUUUUUUUUUUACUCCUCUCUCACCACACCUCCGGUACCAAUUGUGUGAAAGGGAAAAGGCUUUUGGGUUCUUCUCUCCAUGGCUUCAAUUGGGUUUGACUCUGUUUUCUUGUUUGGCUUUCGGGUUUUCUUGUUUGAAUUUCGUUGGUAGUUUGUUUGGGGGCAAGUUCCGAGCUUUUUUUUGGGAUGGUUUUCUGUUUUUGUUCUUGUUUAUUGUGUUUGAGGUCUUUUUUGUGGAUUUGGGCAAAGGUUGACUUUAUGAAUUGGGUUAAUUUGUCUGCUCAGAAUAAUAAGUUCCCUUCUUGCCAUGAUUGACUGUACCUGUGUUUUCUCUUUUUGUUUUUUGCUUGAAAAUUUCAUGGGUUGUGCAAGUAAUAUGGUUAAAUCUAGUCUCAGAUCUAUUCUCAAGUUACCAGCUACUAAACAUUCCUUGUGUGUCCUUCCCUAUUAGGCUUUUGGAUCUGUAAUCGAUGUCCUUGUGUUUAGGGAAACACGAUUUAGCUCUCACCAUGUGCUAUGGACUCAUAAUUCUUAGAUGGCAAGCAAUUCUAGUUGUCUUGAUCUAGACAACCUGCUGAUUUCCUUGUUGGUGGGGUUUUCAUCUAAUCAUACAUUCUUUUGUGGUUCUUGGCAGAACUUCUUGAUUUGAUCUCGUUUCGGUCGCAUGGUGUCUCUUCCAGCAUCAAGUUGCUUUGUUCGGCUGGCAUUUCAUUCACGAAUUCCUCGCCAUUACGGUAUGCUCCCUCUCCCACUUUGCCACUCUAUGAUCAGUUCAUCCAGUUGCCUGUUCGGUUAGUAGAACAUUGGGAUUCCAUUUUCGAUACUGUAUGUCGUGUGGAGAGCUUUGUUCGAUCGGUUUCCCUCGUCUUCGUUUCCUUCAACUUGAACUGUACAUAAGUGUCCUUAAUUGUGGUCCUCUGAUCAUGUUUAUAUGUUUGCUGCAGAGGUGAAUGAAGCUCAGGAAAUCUGAAAGGAGCAGCAGAGGCUCCAAUGUUCUUUGGACUUCGAUUCUAACUAUCCAAAUUAGAGGCUUCUACCCUCGAAACGUCGUCAGAUAUCAGUGACUUCAAGAUGGAUAGAUUAGACACAUCAGGCUUCGUAAGUGGUGGUGGCUCCUGCUCUCACUUCAUUUUCAAAGCACUUGCACAGUAAUAGUAUGCUGUGGAAACCCCCUCUGUCUCUCUCUGCUAGCUAGUUUGGCCUAAAAAGUUCUGCAGCACUAACGAUAAGCUCGACAAAGAACAUGGAUCUCAGCUUCAACAACACCAACAGAGUUUCUCUGGACAAUGAACAUGGGAAGAAUGACACCACCUUGCGCUUGAACUUUCUCGGCUAUGGAGCAAACCGUGUACACAGCAACACCAUCAGCGCCAGAUUUGGCAGUGACACUCAGAGCAAUCCCAAGAACAAUUUCUGUAACAGCUUACACGAGGAAGACGCAUGCAAAUUGGUCCUCGGUUUGGGUCCCACACCGAGAACUUACAGUGGGGAUUUCUCCAACAAUGCUGGAGGAACUGUUAGCAACCCCAAAGGCUCUCCUCCUUCUACACUCGAGGGUGACUCAAUCUUAAAGCUCGGACUUUCAGGAGUGGUUGCCAAUGAUUCCUUCAGCGGACUCGAGAACAGUUCAGUUACAGAGACAAAUCAAGCACCUGCUGGCAAUACAAGAUUCUCCUUCCCAGUUUUAGACGAGGGCUCCACUUCAGCAAAGAAAUCAGCUGGUGGAUACAUGCCUUCACUUCUCUUGGCUCCCAGAAUGGACAUUCGAAAAGCUCCACCACCACGGACAGAACUCAUCGACUUUGAACUGAGUCACGAGCCAUCUGCCACCACGGAUUUCUCUUCUGCUUCCGAGCAAACGACGACUGCUACCUCUGAAAGCCACCAUGGUGCCACCAAUGCAAAGAAAUGCAGCUUCUUUGGAUGUUCUAAGGGAGCACGCGGUGCCACGGGGCUCUGCAUUGGCCAUGGCGGAGGCCAAAGAUGUCAGAAGCAAGGCUGCAACAAGGGCUCCGAGAGCAGAACCGCGUAUUGCAAAUCCCAUGGAGGGGGAAGAAGGUGUGAGCACUUGGGCUGCACGAAGAGUGCCGAGGGGAAGACCGAACUCUGCAUAGCCCACGGAGGGGGCCGUAGAUGUGGCUUCCCCGAUGGAUGCACGAAAGCCGCACGUGGCAAGUCCGGGCUGUGCAUUAGACACGGCGGAGGGAAGAGAUGCAACGUUAACGGCUGCACUAGGAGUGCAGAAGGGCAGGCAGGGUUGUGCAUUUCUCACGGUGGAGGAAGGCGUUGUCAGCAAGAAGGAUGUGCCAAGGGCGCACAGGGUAGCACAAAGUACUGCAAAGCUCACGGUGGCGGGAAGAGGUGCGUGUUUGCAGGGUGCACGAAGGGCGCAGAAGGCAGCACACCGUUGUGCAAAGGUCACGGUGGAGGGAAGAGGUGUUCCUACGACGGCGGUGGGAUUUGUCCGAAGAGUGUCCAUGGUGGCACCAACUUCUGCGUGGCACACGGUGGAGGGAAGAGGUGCGUGGUGCCCGGGUGUACGAAGAGCGCGCGUGGACGCACUGAUUGCUGCGUCAGGCACGGUGGAGGGAAGCGGUGCAAGUUCGAGAGCUGCGAGAAGAGCGCUCAGGGGAGCACGGACUUCUGCAAAGCUCACGGCGGCGGGAAGAGGUGCUCGUGGGGAGGAGAAGAAAUGGGGAAAUGCGAGAAGUUCGCGAGAGGGAAGAGUGGUCUCUGUGCUGCUCACGCGAGCUUGGUCCAGGAGAGGGAGAUGGGGAAAGGUGGAAGCAUGAUCAGACCAGGGCUGUUUCGAGGGCUCGUUUCGGCAGCUGCUGCUGCAGCCUCAACGGCUGGCGGCAGUGUUGAGAGCAACACUUACAGUUUCUCAGGAGGGAGUGGGGUGUCAGAGAGUGGUGGUGGCGGUUCCUUGUUGGAGAAGCCAGCGAAACGCCGGCAACUCAUACCGCCACAGGUGCUGGUUCCACUUUCGAUGAAAUCAUCGGCUGUGGGGUCGACGUAUUCGAGCUUCUCGAAUGGCGGGAAGCGAGAUGGAGGAACUAGUAGUGAUGGGCUCAUGAUGGUUCCUGAAGGGAGAGUCCAUGGUGGUGGGCUCAUGUCUCUGUUUGGCGGGAACCUGAAGAAUGCUGCCAUUGAUGGGGUUUAAGCUUUGAAAGGAAUUUUAGCUGCCAUGGAUGGUAAUUGAUACAGAAACAUGUCUGUAUGCAUUCAAAAUGAUUGAUUGAUUUGGAGCUGUGCAUAAAAAGGGUUCGGUGCAUGGUUUUCCAACUCAACAACUGUGUAUAAUUGGGUGUUGAUUAUUUUAGGUUAGAAAGGGUUUCGAGUUUGUGUUGUACCAUAAUGUUCUUUUUGGGGGCAUCUGUUUCUUGUUGGGAGUAAGUUUUUUACAUUUGUGUAUAUCUUCUCGUUAGAACAUUGUAAGCAACUAAGUUUGUUCACUAUGCAAUCCUAGUUGUAUGGAAUGAUAAGGUUCAAGAAGAGAAGCAGGUCAAUAACAGAAACGCGAAACGAAAAUGAACAGUUCGGGACGUA